AUGGGAUUAGGUUUAACUAAGCCAUUAAAUACAACUGAGGAAAGUAAAACGUGUGCAAAAAAAAAGAAAAUAUGUUGUGUAUGCUUAGAUACAAAAAAAUUAAGAGAUGAAUGUAUUGUUAAUUUAGGAGAAGAACAAUGUAAGAAAUAUAUUAAUGAUCAUAAUCAGUGCCUAAGAAAUGAAGGGUUUGAUAUCAAAUAA